AUCAGACCGCCAUUAUCGACCUGCGAAGCCGUAUCCUCGAGGUCGAUAAACUUCGCAAAGCACGUUCCCACGACCCAACCCCGGUGGUCUGAGCUUCCGUCGCGCCAACCACGUCAAGACGACCCUUUUGUCGCUAGAGAAACCUACGCUCUAACCGUUGCACAGCACCACUGCCUUCUCGCACUUGCUCCCACCUCACACAGUCUAUUGAAUCUGCUCGAGCACAUCGACUCAAUUGCGCGGCAACAGGUCCAUUGUCUGCUCUACCGCAAAAACCUGAGCUCCCUUCUCCAUAAUACUUCCCUUGCAGCUUCUGUGAAGCUUCCUGAUCCGAAAACACAGCAAUACACAUCCUGGGCGACGAUGCAUAUGCAUAGACGACCCUGACAAGACGAUUACGCAGUACUCGCCAGACAAGAACGCGGCAGGAGAUGUCAGCUCCUACGCCGCCCGUCUCGCUCAAACACCAAUGCUCGAUUGUUCACGACGGAGUCAUCUAUGUCUACUCGCCCGACGCUUUUCAGAUCUUGCAACUCAAAGAGGGGGCACAAUGGGAACAAGAGUCGAAUGGCAUUGCGGUAACGGGAGCCGUCUGUGUCAAAGGGGGUGUUGAUGGUGACAAUACCAAACCAGCAUUAUAUGUGGUCGGCGGCGCGAGCAAUUCAUCCUUUCCAGAUUACCCUGGUCUGCAACGCUACUCAAUACUCGACAAGUCAUGGCAAACCAUCACCCCGGUUGUCAAGGUCACACAAAAUCGCUUGUACCAUGGAGCCGCGUAUAUGAAUACCUCGUCAUCAAUGGUGGUGUAUGCGGGCUCCCAGGACGAUUACUCAGGCGCCUCGUCACAAACAUUUCUCGUGGAACUCUACCCGCCGUACAGCGUGGCAGCUUACAGUUCUGAUGCACAUCCAGCGGUGAGGCCAAUCAUGCUGUCGUGGAACGAGAGUAGCGUGUUGAUGGUGGGAGGCGGCACCACGAAUGUCAACAUGUCCACAUUCGAUCCCGAUAAUGGCUGGCAGGAUCUAGGUAUAUCGCUCCCUAGCGCACUGCCUGACUCUUCGGUCGCGCAAACCGCCGUGUUCACUCUGGAUGAUGGAAGCAAGAUACUACAGACGUUUGACCUGGGCGACACUGACCCCACGGUGACUACAAAUGUUCUCUUAGGUGCAGGAGGAGUACUUGCAACAUAUGGAGAGACCGUAGGGGGCAACGACACAACAGCCAGUCCAACGACGACUGCUUCGUCCAACAAGGCAAAAAGAACAAUAUCACUUAGCAACUAUCCAACAUACAACAACAGUCUCGCGCCAUCGACCUCUCGGACCAAUUUCAGUCUGGCUCAAGGUGAUGCUGGACUGAUAUCCUUCGUCGGAGGCAAUGACGACGACCCUGUUGUCUUUUUCAACCAGUCCGCAAACGACUGGAUAUCAGCAACGUCCAUAUUGGGUAAACAGCAAUCUUCGACUACGCCAUCAAGCACCCAGCCUGCAACGACAGCCACAAGUGCUGCAGCAACAUCCUCAUCUUCUCAUAAGGGCAAUGGCCUGACGAUCCUUGGUGGGGUUCUCGGUGGCAUUUGCGGCCUCGCUGUAAUACUCAUCAUUCUCCUUCUGUGGCUCAGGUCCGUCCGCAGAAAGCGAGCUCAGGCAGAGAGACAGACGGAAUAUGGCGACGAUAAAAGAAGGAGUGGGGAGUAUAAUGCCGAAGGAGGCCUACGUCCGCUGGCCUCGUCUGGCCAGCCAAUGGGUAGAAGCCCAGUCCCGUCAGCCGUAAUAGAAGAAGCCGACAGCACCGCCAUGGUCGGAAGCCGAGGGGAUCCAAAAUAUUUGAUACGGCGUGUCUCCUCAGAUCGAAACCAGCCUGGGUUCCGUGGUUCAGGUAUCGGCUUUGGACAGGCGUUGUUCAAGCGAGACAAGGGCACUUUGGCCAUUUCGAAACCUAUGAACCCGGUAUUAGGGGAUUACAAAGAGAGACCCAGCAUCGACCUUGGUACAGCGACACCGGCAGAGCCAGUUGCUGCCACGGCUGUCGCUACGAGAAACGCGUCCCAGCGGAAGACUGAUGAAGGAUGGGGCAAGUAUUUCCAGAGCGACCCGCAAACUGGCAACAGAACCUUCUUCACGCGGGACUCGAGCGCAAGCCGAAGCAAGAGUGGUGGGUUUUGGCCGGGCUCAGGAGUACCAGAGAGCUCAAGCAGGUCGACGCCUAGAUCAGCCAAGUUUGUGCUCCGGGACAGUGUCGGGAACCCAUUACAAGCGCACAACGUCGGUGUGGGAAGUCCUACAUUGGAACAUGUGCCGUCGAGCGCCCAGUCUCAAGGCUUUCCGCACCUAGAGGGAACGCCAGUGCGGAUCUCGAAUGUGAGUUCGGUCACCGAUGAGGACGACUAUGAGGAUGAACGCUUCGAAGGCGCUUUUUCAAGUGGAAUACCCGCCAGCGUGAACGACGUGCCCUGGGCGCCAGUGGGCAACACGUGGUCAGGUCCGGCCCAACGACCGCUACGACCUCCAAGCGGUUACACUCAGCAACAAGGACGUCCUCCUGCUCGAACAGCUUCGUCUAACGAAACGGAAACCUCGGAAACAUCGAUACCAGCAUUCCCCAUGCCAAACUCCGUCCGUUCCAUUCGACCUAGCGGAGGGAGCGAAUUGCCGACGCAUCAUGCAGUGACUGUGACCCCUGCGGUCGCCCGCGAUGAGGCGACAGACGCCCGGGAAUACUUUUCACAUACCCGGGCUCGGAGUGGUACUCCGGACAACAACGACAUGUCAUGGCUCAAUUUGGGAACACCACAACGGUGACUCCCCAAUCGGUUCUCGCAAGUUCUCUACCAGUUUUUGCUUGAUGACGUUGCGCGCAAACCACCCAGCAGCAGCACACGGAUUGACAACAUGAGCUCAGGCGACAGCCAAGUUGUUGAUAAGGCGAAGAAGUCGAGCCUGUUCCGAACCCGCUCCGCUCCACGACGAACGCAUGCAUUUCACUUUCCGUCAACGGCGGUGCAGCGCGAUUCAACAUGGGAAGACGAUGCUGUCCCAAACUCACCCACGCUUCCCGACGCAACCGAGGAAGCAGGUUUCCGGGACAGUAAAAGGUUGACCAUGUGACGGUAGUGUCAGACCACGGACGAUUGGUGGUAGUAUCUACCAAAACUCACUGCAUCGGCAUCCUA